AUGGUCCGAUUUUCAUGGCUUCUCAUCGCGUUCGUCGUCCUCCUAUCAGCGACGUCCACGUCAGCGCUGGUCUUCACGCUGCUGAAGCGCGAGUGCUUCCAGCAUUUCGUGCCGAAAGGCGGCGAGACCAUUCACGUGUCAUUUGUCGUGAUCAAAUCUGAUUACAACUGGGGGGGAGGCGAGCAGGCGAAAAUCGAUCUAACGGUGGAGGACCCAAGGGGGCACGUGCUGCGGAAGAUAGAGGCGAGGACGGACGACAGCUUCAUGGUCACGGCCGCAGUAGACGGAUUCUUCAAGUUCUGCUUUACGACGGACUCUGCUGUGCACGAAUCCGUGGCGUUUGAUGUGGAGAACGGCCACCCAAUCACCACUGAACACGUGGCAAAGAAUGACCAAAUCGAACCACUGUUGAAGGAGGUGCAUCGGUUGCAGAGGGAGGUGAUGCGCACCAAGCACGAGAUCCACUACUCCUUCUACCUCGCCGAACAGCACGCAGAGGUGGACAAGUGGACGGCACAGAGAGUUCUCGGCAAGGCUGUGCUACAGGCGGGUGCACUCAUAACGUGUGGCAUCAUACAAGUGUGCCUGCUGCAGCGGCUCUUUGAAAAGAGGCUCAAGAUGAGCCGCGUGUAA